AUGCCUCGCCGAAUCUUCAAAAACCUCGUCAUCGCCACAGCAGGCCCCCUCCCCGGCCAACUCACCGUCGAAAACCUCCGCACAUGGACCGCCCUCCGCAAAGGCGUCUUCACCGAAGACUACGAUGCCGACCAAGUCACGCACCUCCUGUGUACGCGGGAGCAAUUUGACCAGAAGCUUCCCCGAAUCAAAGAAGCUCUCACCCGCGGAGCAAAGAAACAGCACAUUGUCCACUGCGACUGGUUCGAAAUCUCCGCCGUCAACGACAAGAGGCAGCCCGAGAGGGAGUACUCCAUGCGCAACAUCCUCGCCAAGCAGAACGCCGCCAAGAGGGAACAGGCUCGCAUUGAGCGAGGCAGGAGAGAGGGCGAGAGGGCCGUCAACACCAACCUUUUCCACAUCUACACCGAUCGAACAUUCUUCAACUACCAAAUCGACAUCACUCGCGACGACAUCGAGGCAGGCCACCUCGGCCAACGCUACACUCUCUACCUCUGGGAAUCCAACGCAAAGCCCCAUCUCUACUGGUUCGCCGCCAAGUUCAUCAAGAAAAAGGGCGACUCCCAGCCCAGCUUCCACCGGCCCAGCCCCUGCUCCGGGCCCUGGCGCCGCGAAAUGGACCUCUUCAUGGACUUCUUUCGCAUCAAGACUGGGAUCGAGUGGCAGGACCGCGUGAUUGGGCAGGGGACCAUGUCUGGUUCUUAUUUUCAGUAUUCGCCGCCGACGGGCGGAAAGCCAGUUGGCCGUCGGCUUCGGUUCUGCUAUGAGUAUUGUCUUGAGAUCAACGCCCAGCUCAGAGGCUUGCCGUGGCCGCCGCUGCAAGAAGAAGCUCAAGUCAAGGAUGGAGAUGAAGCAACUGAAGCACACGACGCCAUCAUUGAGGACCAUGGCAGUGACGGCAACGGUAUAACGGCUGAAUCAGAUUCCGGAAUGUCUGUGCAGGACAAGAUCGAUAUUGAUAAUGUGGGAAAGGAUGUCACGGUGGAUGGAUGUGAGGAGGAGGAACAAGUGGCGCUCCAGGAGUCCGAGGAGAUGCAGACGACAAAUGUUGGAUUCGGAUGUGACCAUGACCUCUUCUCAGUAACUCUCAAAACUAGCUAG